UUUUUGGUUAGCCGUUCUGUGCCGUGCAGCAGCAGCGGGGUGUAAGGAAAACGUUUCCUUCUGCGGCUGCGUUCAGCCGCAGGAACCGCUUUGGUGUGGAGAACCUGCGCGGGCUCCUCGUGUUGUGGGGACCGGGGAAGGGAAACCCGGUAUUUUACUCCUGUGAAAGCAGGGGACUUCCUCUGCUGGAGGAAAAUGCCAUGUUUUGCCAUGUUUUGCCUUAUUUGGGGGGAAAGUUAAUAUCCACGUGCAUGCUUGUGUGGUGAGGAGAUCAAGACUUCUUGCAGAUUUGAGAAGGCCAUAGGAUAAGGUUGGUUUUUUACAAGAUACGUAUAAAAACUAAACAAAAACUCAGCAGGGCUUUUCUCUAGGACUGUGGUACUGUUUCCUCUCUGGAAUGAACAUUGUUGCUUCACCUGCAAGUUCCUGUGAGAGUUUUCAAGUUCUAAUUUAAGCUGCUCUGCUACAGUUUCUUAAACUCUAGUCCUAAACCAAGUGGUCGUGAAAUACUUCUGUAAUUUUCAUGUGGUAGAUUGCUAAUUUAUGGGCUUAUUCCCGUGCAUUUUACUUCAUGUUAAAAGGAAAUAUUAAAGAUUGAGUGAUAAUUAAUACUGUUCAGCACCAGCUAAACACACCCACUCGUUAUGCUGCGUCAGUAUAUUUGACCAUAUGCUUUUCAUGUUAACAUUGUAUUUAUUUUCAUAUUCAUGUCAUGCCUUAUGAGUAAUAUAAUGAGUUAAGUACUGUAGGGAGGUUUGGGGCUUGUUUAAACUUCUUCUUGUAUGUUGUCUCAGUUUCUAAAAUGUCAAAAUCUUAAGCAUAGACUAGUUCUUAAUACUUAGUAGAUCUCGUUUGUACUUGUAGCAUUUACUGUUACAUCUGCUUUGACACUUAUAAAUGUAGUGGUCUCCCAUAUGCAAUUUGCAAAUCUGUUCUUUGUCUUUCAUUUAAAUUUUCUUUGGGUAUUCUAGUUCUUAACUUUCUUGUUCUUGUUAUGGAGUGACUGUACGUAGUCCAUUAGCAGUGGAUUGAGAGGUAAUUCUUGAGGUUAAUUAUUUUCAGAGGAAAGUGCAAACGCUACUCAUUUUCACUUCUUUCCACAAUAUUUAUCUUUGAGGUCUGAUGCAAUGUAAUGUAGAAAAUGUUAACUGCUUUUCUGCAAAGUAACUGAAGUGUGGCUCAAUUCUGAACACACAUUUCGCCUUCACAUCAUUUAGUUGAAUUGUCUCUGGUUAUGUUUCAGUCUUCAUUUACUUUUUUUUAUGUUUCUUUGUUUAAGUCUGAAUAAUUCAAUGCAAUUACAAAUCCUUCUUGGUCACAAUUGAUUUGACUUAGUAAAUUCUAAUAUAACUCUAAUGCCUGUGAAAGAAAGAAAUAUUGGUAUUUCUUAAUGCAAGUACAUUACAUUUGUUCUACAGACUGUACAUAGCUGUUACCUUUUGUGACCAGUAGCAAGGGUUGCUUACAUGCUUUUUUUUCUUAAUUUCUUCUGGAGUGUCAAAGAUAGCAGCAGCUGUGUCAGAGAGCCUAAGAACACUGACUUAAAAUGCUUGUGAUAACAUGUUUUGUGUCUUAUUUUUGGACAUGUUUUAGUGUUUGUAUUAAGUGUCAUAAUUGGACUUAAUGGACAGCUUUUGGCUUCAAUAAAUGAUACUGUUAAAGUCUUCAGAACUUUUAGAAUUCCCUAAUUGAAAAUAAUGCUUUGAUCUGUAGUUAGUAGCAAAAUAAUAUUUUUGCACUUUGUUUUUGUUCUCUUCUUCUUGGUUUGGAAAGCAGAAAUACAGACAUGAACUUAAAUGCUUCUGAAUACCAGUUUCUCCUGCCCUUAAACUGCUGACUAUACUUAACAAUUACUGGUAUGCUGUAUUGUAGUGUAUGCAUAUUGUAUGUGUUGCUGACCUGUGUUCAGUGUACUGAGAAUUCUGCUGUCUGCACCUUGAAAUCAGGUGAUCCUAUUUCGUAUGUUAAGUUAAAUGCCACCAAAGUAAUGGCAUAUAAAAUACGUAACUUGAGUUCAGUCUGGUUUUGGACAGUGUUGUUUAAUUUGCUCUAGACUGUCAGUUCUAAGUAGAAAUUAGUAUUUUCUCUUGUGGACAAUUAUCAUCAUAGACAUCAGGACAGUCCUGGAGAUACUGCAAAAGUGACAGAAGUCACUAAUAUUUUUUACUGAAAAUGGUUUAAGACCACUGCAGGGUUUUGCAUAAACUGACACUUCUAUCAUGUAGAUGGGAGCAGGGAGGCAUGAGUGAGUGUAUGUCUCCAUGCCAGUUCAUUAGUUCUAUUCCCCCCCACCAAGUAGUGUAUAAAUGCUUGGUGUGCUUACUUCUGUGGCCCCUUCAAAGCUCUUUACCACAGACAGGCACUUUCCCCGUAUAAGUAAGUUAAAAGAAAAAAACAAUCUUAGCCUGUUUUAUUACUUACCAACCACAGUCUGAUUCAGCAGUGGGUAGUAGUGUUAACUUUAGCCUGAUUAUCCCACCAAGACUGGGCGGAAAGCUUGCUGAGGUAGGUGGCAAUAACUGUUUCAAGCCAUAUUUGACUCAGUCUUUUAGAGCAAACCCCACCCCACACUCCCACUUUAAGCGGAACACCAGACUGGAAGGUUGGAUAGCUGAGGGGAGAGUUUGGUCUGCUAUCUGUACUGCUCAGGCAGUAACCUCGACCAGAGGUUUGGGAGGUUGGACAGGGGGGGCAAGCUCCUGAAGUAUGGCAGCUUUGUCUUCUAGAGCGUGCUUUUGUAACCCAAAUAAAUAGUUUACAUGCUAGUUAGAGCUACGAUCACUAGCAGGGAGAACCUUGCCCAGAAGAUAGGCAGUGUGGUCUGUCUGCUCAGGGUACUCGGUCACACAGGCGUUGUUGGAGAAAUGGCUGACCCAGAUUAGGCACUUCCCUUGGGAAGCCAAAGAGAGAGUGAGUGAUUCACCCCCAAAUACUCUGUGCACUGCAAACUACAGGACUUCCGUGAAAAGCACUGGGACAUGUUCCCAAAGAAUGUAUCUUUAUUUCAAGCACUGACAAAUAUCCAGUAUUUGUCUCCUAGAACAUUAUUACCCUGACUCAAACAUCCUGGUAGUUUUUAAGAAUAAGACUUUCAGUUUCUUAUUUUCUUAUGUAAGAAAAAUGUAUUAACAUGAGAAUUGCAAACCCAUGAUUCCAUGUCUGUUGGCCUGAUCUAUAGAUGUAAUUGCAAUGUUCAGCCAUACUUUGUCCAUCUGGUCUGCCGAUACAGAACUGUAAAAUCACUUCUUAAAUUUUUUUAAAAUAUUCAAUCAUUUAUUGAAAACAUCCAACUAAGUUAUUAGGACUUUUUGGCUUAGGAAAUGUUAAAAGAUUAAAGAAAAAAAAUUGAAAUAUUAAAAGCAGAAACUGCCGCAAUAAGGUUGGAAGCAUGACUAAUAAUUACGUUCAUUUAUAUCUGAUGAAGAAUGUCUUUAGACAUGAAUUUAAAAAUACUUUGGAAAUUGAAAAGAGAAAUAAGACUACCACUUUUAAAAGGAACCACUUAGAGUAUUCAUAACUGUGUAAUAAUGGCUUUAAAGAUACAAUAGCAUCUUCAUUUCUGACCUUUGUUCCCUGUUAGAUGCCAGUCUCUUCCUUUCUUCUGUGUUACAGUAGUGUCAGUAGGAUUCCUUCCAACUAAAGUUCACAGGUGGGUUUAGGGAGGGAUGGAGUAUAACGUGAUAAAUGUGCCAUACACCUAUUUUAUUCCUGCUUCUCUCAGGAGAUUGAAAGCCAAGACCUUUCUUCAUAUAAUAGCCGUAUGUAAUAAACAGUCUCUAAACCACUGCAGGAUACUUUAGUGGAGCAAAGAUGAACUGGGCAUCCAACAGAAAAUACUUUCUUUAAUAAGAAAUGUUGGAAUCCUUUUCUUGGAAGGAAGUGCAUGUGCAGACGGUGUGGAAACCUGAAGUAUUUCAAGACUCCGUCCCAGCUACAUCUUUGAACUACUGAUAAGUAUUGUAUUGAAUUGAAAUGAUUUUGAAUUGGCAUGAUCUGUAGGGCAGCCAUCACUUUAUUUAGUGGUGUUGAACUGGAAGUGCUUUGUACUUUUUUAUGGUCUUUCUUUAGACCUAAAAAAAAAAAAAAAUCUAUUUGUCAUCUGUAAUAUCUUGUAAACUUCCAAGAGCCUCAUAAUUCAGUUGUCUUUGUUCUGGAGUAGGAGCAAAUAGAGGGAGCUGUCCUUACGUGUGUGUUGCUCAUAGGAAGAUAAAGUCAUUAUUACCAUUGUUCUCAGUACUAUGUGUGAAUAUGGCAAAGGAAAUAUAAAAGCACUUAAAAAUACAUUCCACCUUUUUUUAUCUUUCAAGACUUAAAUUUAAAAUUCUUUGUUCUUCCCUCCCUUCUGCUACAGUUGUUGACAUAAAUUCCCAGUACAAUCCAGUGCUUGUCAAUGUGCAUUACAAAUAUCUAAGCAAGGGAAGAGACAGUUAUGUAGAGGAACACAAGUAGUAAUUUCACUUCUUCGAGUGCCUUGAUUUGUGAUUUCAAGACUAUUUAAUUGUCUAGUACUCCAAGAGCUUUUUCUUCUAAAAAUAAAGUAAUUUUUAAAGAAUCUUGUUUAUUUUUAUUGGAAUGUAUUAUAGACAUUGAUGCCAUAUUAGGAAAUGCAGAAUGUAAGUGUAGUUAUUCCAAUACUAGUGAAACUGAAGAUAGAAGAAUCAAACAUCAUCACGUAUGUCUGUUCACAUUGCCUGGAUUACUUUUUUAUAUGCAGCUACAAAUUUUCGCCUUGAAAACUGGUUUAAAUUUUAUACUAUUUUAAUCAUUUAAUACAUACAGUUUUCAAAAGGAGUAUUAUAGCCGGAUUCUUGGAGUAAUAGUUGUAGUCAUGAUUUGACUUUACCAGACACUGUAGCAUGAACAAGGUUACUUUACACAAAGCAGCUUGUGGAACUGAAAUUUGCAGCAGUAUAAGUUCUUCUGUUCUUACUACAACAUGCUUUUCUUGGAAACAAAUACAUUCCCAGAUAUAAUCCCAGUUUUUAUUUUACAGUGGAGAAAUAGUAAUGGAACGGAAAGCUGGUGUUAAAGAUUCGUGCAGUUAUUUACACAUCAGUACCCUUACUACUUGUAUCUGAGACUGCCCUGUUUGCCAUCUUGCUUAAAAGGAAAAAGAUUAAAUCAUUUUGCUUUUUUCAUCUCUGAACUCUGCUAAUAAUAACUUCAGAUACGUAUGUUCUUCUCUGUGCUGUCAGUAAUUAUAUUAUCUUUCGGAUUUUUUUUUCUUAAGGUCUGGAAGACUCCCACCAUUCCUCCUCAUAAUUGCUGUACGUGUUUAACCCUGAAUUGUGCAUUAUGGCAGACAAAUUAACAAGAAUUGCUAUUGUCAACCAUGACAAGUGUAAGCCAAAGAAAUGCCGUCAAGAAUGCAAGAAGAGUUGUCCUGUGGUUCGAAUGGGAAAACUUUGCAUAGAAGUCACAUCACAGAGCAAAAUAGCAUGGAUCUCAGAAACGCUUUGUAUUGGUUGUGGUAUUUGCAUCAAGAAAUGUCCUUUUGGAGCCUUGUCAAUUGUUAACUUACCUAGCAACCUGGAGAAAGAAACAACGCAUAGAUAUUGUGCCAAUGCCUUCAAACUUCACAGGUUGCCUAUCCCUCGUCCAGGUGAAGUACUGGGAUUGGUUGGAACCAAUGGUAUUGGAAAAUCAACUGCCUUGAAAAUUUUAGCAGGAAAACAGAAGCCAAAUCUUGGAAAAUAUGAUGAUCCACCUGACUGGCAAGAAAUUUUGACUUAUUUCCGAGGAUCUGAAUUACAAAAUUAUUUUACCAAAAUCCUGGAAGAUGACCUGAAAGCUAUCAUUAAACCUCAGUACGUGGACCAGAUCCCUAAAGCUGCAAAGGGAACAGUGGGAUCAAUUCUGGAUAGGAAGGACGAAACUAAGACACAAACUGUUGUAUGUCAGCAGCUUGACUUAACCCAUCUGAAAGAAAGAAAUGUUGAGGACCUUUCAGGAGGAGAACUUCAGAGAUUUGCUUGUGCAGUUGUUUGCAUUCAGAAGGCUGAUAUCUUCAUGUUUGAUGAACCUUCUAGCUACCUAGAUGUCAAGCAACGCUUGAAGGCUGCCAUUACUAUUCGAUCCCUAAUAAACCCUGACAGGUACAUUAUUGUUGUAGAGCAUGAUCUAAGUGUGUUAGAUUAUCUCUCUGACUUUAUCUGCUGCCUGUAUGGUGUGCCAAGUGCUUAUGGUGUUGUUACUAUGCCUUUCAGCGUAAGAGAAGGCAUAAACAUUUUCUUAGAUGGCUAUGUUCCAACAGAAAAUCUAAGGUUUCGAGAUGCAUCUCUGGUAUUUAAAGUGGCUGAGACAGCUAAUGAAGAAGAAGUUAAAAAGAUGUGUAUGUACAAAUAUCCUGGAAUGAAAAAAAAGAUGGGAGAAUUUGAACUAUCCAUAGUAGCUGGAGAAUUCACUGAUUCUGAAAUUAUGGUGAUGUUAGGGGAAAAUGGAACUGGCAAAACUACAUUUAUCCGAAUGCUUGCAGGAAGACUUACGCCUGAUGAAGGAGGUGAGGUCCCAGUUCUAAAUGUCAGCUACAAACCACAGAAGAUCAGUCCUAAAUCUACAGGAAGUGUCCGUCAGCUACUGCAUGAGAAGAUCAGAGAUGCCUAUACGCACCCCCAGUUUGUAACUGAUGUAAUGAAGCCUCUUCAGAUAGAAAAUAUCAUUGACCAGGAGGUUCAAACAUUGUCUGGUGGCGAGUUGCAGCGCGUUGCAUUAGCUCUUUGUCUUGGUAAACCUGCGGAUGUCUACCUAAUUGAUGAACCUUCAGCAUAUUUGGAUUCUGAACAACGUCUAAUGGCUGCUAGAGUCAUUAAACGUUUCAUUCUCCAUGCUAAAAAAACAGCUUUUGUGGUAGAACAUGAUUUUAUCAUGGCUACGUAUCUUGCCGAUCGUGUGAUUGUUUUUGAUGGCAUUCCUUCCAAGAACACGCUUGCAAACAGUCCACAGACUCUUUUGGCUGGAAUGAAUAAGUUUUUAUCCCAACUUGAAAUCACUUUUAGAAGAGACCCCAACAAUUACAGACCAAGAAUAAACAAACUCAAUUCAAUCAAGGAUGUGGAACAAAAGAAGAGCGGAAACUACUUUUUCCUGGAUGACUAAAUAUUGAAUCUGAGCAUCUUUGUAACUGGCAUAUAGGAAUGCAUAUUGGAAUCUAAAUAUUUGUGGAUGAGAAGGCUCAAAUUGGGUUUUAGAACACUUCAUCGUUUGGAGCUUAAACUCUUGCUGCGUGUAACAUCCAAGACCUGUAGCAGUGUAAAUCCUAGUCUGAGUAAAACUGCCACUUUCUAUAUUUUGGUGACACAGCCCUAUUUUCAGUGUAAUAAUUUCAAAAUAGACCAUCUUGAAAUUGCACAUGAGUCUCCAGAUUUUUCAAAAUUUAAGGGAGGUUUUCAAUUCAAUAUAUCCUACUCACGUACCAAGUACUGACUGCACUUCUUCAUUUUAAAAGCUUUGAAGCUGUUUUCUGCAUAAGAGGGAGGCUCACCAAGAACGUCAAGCUACAGAAAUGACUAUUUUAAAAAGGCUGAAUCUCUGAUGAGGGUUUCAUAAAUAAAUAUCCUCCUAACUUACAGCUCUUCUGUGACACAGUGCAAAAAUUCUUGAAUUACUAAUUCAAAAGUGUGUAUAUGAUGUUGUCAUACACACCUUUCCUCAUACUGUAGAAAGGAAUACACAAAAGAUGGAGUACAAACUACAUAUAAUAAUAUAAAGGAAGAGUUCUACACCUUUUUCAGUCAUCUGUCCCUGUGCAUCUUUGCAGACCUAGUUACAGAAGAAUAAACAUAAAUAAAAUCUUAAAGUACUAAAAUCCUUUCAUCUUCUGUAACUUAAACCUGCAUAGAAUGUUUGUUAGAAGAAGAAAGGUUAAUGGCUGUUUUUUCCAGUUGCUUGUUCUAUAAACUCAACAGUAUACGUAGGAAGUAGGUUUUUGAGUAUUAAAAGCCAUGUGUUUCACAAAGUACUGACGCCUUGUCAGCAAAACCCUUCUGUACUGUGAUAGAGCCACAUAGAGCUAAAAAGAACACUUACCUAAAGCUUGUUAACAAAUUGUUAUCUAGAUACAGCUUUGUUAAGGAUUGACAAGUGUAUGGCAGCUCACCUCAGCACAGACUAUACCUUAGAUUUUGGGAUUUUUCUAAAAACCUAAACUGAAACCUUACACUGUUCAUAUGCACACAGCAAAGCAUACUUUCUCUCUAAGGGCUCUAACAGCACCCUAACUAAAAGGGGAUUUACAAAACCAAAUCAAUGUUUCAAGACAGGUAAGAGAACCCCUUGUGUUGUACUGAUUGAGGAGAAAACAAGCAUGUUCCACUUUAGCCAGCUGCAGUGAGCUUGCUUAAUAGGCCAUCCUGUUUCUGUAUAGAGUUCACUUUAACACAUUAAUACUGCUUUGUAAUAUGUCAUAGUAGUACUCCAUUUCUCUACUUUGUGAUUAUCUCAGUUUUUAGAAGCAGGUUAAAAUCAAGCAUCAUUUAGUAGAUUAAACAUCCUACAAAACUUACCAUUUUCAGGGACACAUCUACAGUGCUUCCAGCAACAAAGCUGCAGUUUCUAGAAAGGUAAUCAGUUCUUGCAGGUAGGGAAACUUGAGACUAAAGUGACCCCUUCAGACUUGCUAGCAGGUGUGAGAAUCCUGACCAGCUCCCUCCUCCAGCUGUAAUUACUGGCACUCACCCUCUUUCCAUGGAGAGAUUUAAGUUUUUACAAGGCUGAGAUGCAAAGUACUUUUGCCUAAGGUGGAAGCUUUGAUCCUUACUAUAGGCAAAAAUGAAGGUAAACAAAAAAUAGCUUGUUAAAAACCAACUCCCAUACAAAGUAAGGUCCUCUAGGGAGACAGGAAAAAGUGCCUAUAUUUAAGGGUUCCUAAACAAACGUUACACAAGUAAGUUUCACAGACAUGUAAAAAUAACUUUAAGCUACACCUCUUAAAAGUAAGGAACAGCAUUUUCCAUGCAACAGUUGGCUGUUCUGUCUUCAUUGGUGUGCGACAACUGCUACAAGAGAUGAAAGAACACAUGGGUUUGUUCUUUUAUUUACAUCUUGGCCUCUUAAGUUACAGAAGACAGCAGUGGUUUGUCUUUUUUUUUUAAGCCAUUAUUUGUGUUAGUAAUGGGUAUUUUAUAACCUUGGCAGUAUCGGGUGCUACAUACGCUCUACCUCGCUAUGUCUAACUGAGAAACAGAAAUCCAUCCAUAUUAUGCCAACAGAGGUACUCCAUGAAGUACAGGUAAUGAACACAGCCUUACACCACCACCACUGUGUUUAGAGUAGAAAUGCCUUCGGACUUGAGUUCUGCAUCUUCUGUCCUAAUGGGGGCAAGGUAAAGAUGUUGUUUAGCAAGUAUCUGAACCUAUAUAUCUCAGCUCAUUAUAUGCUAAAUAUUACAUAUAGGCCCCUACUAAUCUGUGGGAUUCUGCAACCUGAAACAUCUUGCCCCAGGUAAAGGGUUUAGCCAAUCAAUCUACAAGUCCUUCAGCAAAAACAGGAACCAUACUUAACAGUGAAGGUGGAGAAAAUACUACAUCUGCACAUUUCAGUUCUUAACUGUCCUAGAACAGCAAGGCAGGGCAUAGGCCCAGCUUAAAUACUUUAAAGUAAAUUCUAAAAGCACAGCCCUACCAGUUACUGCCUGGCCUAUGUUUUCCAUCAUUUCCCAAUAAGUUUCUGUAGAAAGCACACAACCUUUGUUCUUGGAACAAAGCUCAUGAUUAAAUGCCUGCUCUACUACCAAAGGAUUAUUUCGGUGACUGCUGAACAGAAUGGGGCUAUAACUGGAGCUACCCUUCAGAACCCCCCAGGAAAGAUGACAAGAAACCCCUUUAAAGUCUUUGUAAGUAGUAGAGGUAAACAGAGGACCAGAAUGGUAUCAACUGUUAAAUCCCUCAGUGCUUGCUUAGUUCUCAACCUGAAAAACUGAAGAUUGCCUCUUGAAAUCCUGAAUACACUGCUAAAUGGAAAAGUAUUUAGAUUAAAAAAAAGAAACCCACAGCACAGCCCCCACCACUACCAUUCUGAAUAAGAACUAGAAAUCCAGUUUACGUCCCCUUUUAGUUUGCAGCUAUGCCUGCAUAUUAAUUGUUUAUAGUUCUGCUGCUGUCUACAAGUGGCUCUAUCAGAACAAAACCAUACAUUUGAUGUCAUUGCAACAGUUUCAAAUAUGUAAAUAUAAUUUAGAAAGAAAGUGAAAAGACAAACAUUUAUUUUAAGUAGGGUUUUAUACAUGGCAUGCAUCUGAGAAGGAAUUCUUUACCACAUAACUAUCACUCAAGUUUCCUGAUCAAGGGUGUACAAUCUUGGGCAUGAAGGAAAGGGUACCAUCACCUACACUAGUAUAUACAGAAGAUAUAAAAAUAUACACAACAGUUAAUUUUACAGAGCAACAGAGCUGAGUGAAUACUGUGCACACUGUAUUCUCCGAGUUUGGACAGCUGAAGAUCCAAACUGCAAAGGCAACAGGAACACUGCAGAGAUCAUUAUCAGGGUCAGAAGAAACAGCAUCAGAACUCUGACACAGUGUAAAAAUAUAAGGCAGAAGCCACUUUCUUCUGAAUCGUAGGGAAAAGCAGAGCACACCGCGACUCUCCAUCUUGCUUUUAAAAGUUCCAGCAAGGAGUUGUACAUGCAAAACACAAAUUUGCAUCAACAGUGCAACAACAAAAGAAUACUGAACAGUAGCUCGAUCAUACAAACUUAAAAAAAA